UCCGAGAUAAGAUAAUGAUCGCAUUCACUGCUUAUUUACCGGGUAUCUUUCUGACGUGUUGCAGCCUUAGACCUACUUCACGAGCAGACCAAUAUUAACAUGGAGGGAGAAAACCAACCUGGAUCUCAGCCUAGUUCCAUCAUGUCACCACAACAGAGUUCUUUGGAUGCAUCAUUCCAACCUGACGCGGGUCAAAAGCCGGACGCGCAGGCGUCGGGGCUCAGCUUCGUCAAGUUCGCGUCCAAAGUGGCCACGCUCUCCAAACUGGGACAACCCAAGUCUCCCACGUCGCCUACGCCCUCCGGCAACAAGAUGGACUUUUAAAAAUAUAUCCAAGUAGUUUAUGCCUCAGUGAUAAUUGAUUACUAGACUAUACAAAAUUAUUUACCUAAUGCUUUUUAGAGAAUUUACAUAUGUUGCAUUAUACCAUGUAGAUGUCAUGUAUAAAUAAAAUAAAGUUUAAAAUGCA